GCGUCAUAAAAAUAAAAAUAAAUUCAUACUUACAUUCUAACGGAACUGUCCUCCGAAUAUAGAUUUUUAAGUCACCACGCACCAAAACUUUUUUCUUCUUGUUUAUACACUAAAAACCGACCAAAAUGCUUAUUAAAGUCAAGACUCUUACUGGCAAAGAAAUUGAAAUCGACAUUGAAGGUUCAGAUACGGUAGCAAAAAUCAAAGAGCGUGUAGAAGAAAAAGAAGGUAUUCCGCCAGCCCAACAGCGUCUUAUUUAUGCUGGUAAACAAUUGACUGAUGAAAAGACAGCCGAGGAUAGCGGUAUAUUGGCCGGUGAAGUUCUUCAUUUGGUGUUGGCUCUUCGUGGUGGAAAUUAACUCAAAUGUACCUAUAACAAAAAAAUAUUGUUAAUUAAACAUAUUAAUAUCACAAUGACUACAUAUUAACUAAUAAAUAAUUUACAAAAACAUUGUAAAAUUAAUACAAAUUUUGAUGAUAUGGAUUAUAUACCUUCAACUAACAAAAUUAAGUAAGAUAAUAGAUUAGUUUCACAUUUGAUCUCGAUCUAAAUAUGAAAAUGGAGAAUUCACCUUAUAAAUCGAAAGUUUAAUAUAGGGUACUUUUAAAUUUUCAUUAGUUAUAAAUAUUUUUCUUAAAUCUUAGUCAUGAAAAAGAAUAAAAAUAAAUAGACCUAUAUAUUAAACGAAGUCAAAUGCUUUAAAUUUGUAUUUUAAACGCGAUCACGUGUCUGAGUUGUUGUUUCUUACGCAUCUCUGCAUAACUCCGCAAAACGCGGGCCAGAACGU